AUGAAUAAUUCAACAAAUGAAUCCGUAAUCAUCCAUCCAGUCGAUGAUUUUGCAACUUUAUUAUUAAUAAAUCGAAUUAUUUAUUGUGGUUAUUUUUUAUUUCUGAUAUUAGCUGGUACUUGUGGUAACCUUUUAACAGCUAUAACACUCCUUCGAGCUAAACUACGUAAAUAUACGACAUGUCAAUUUAUGGCUGUCUGUGCUUUAUUAAAUAUUGGAGUUUUAUUAACAAAUACUUUAAAUAUGAUGUUAUCACAAGGCCAUAGCAUUCAUUUACGUAGUUUAUUUGAUUUGGGUUGGUGUCGAAUAAAUGCAUUUGUUGCUCAAUGGAUACGUGGUAUGGCAUCAUGGAUUCUUGUUAUAGUUGCAUUUGAUCGUUUUCGACAAACGAAAACACUUCGACGUACAUCAACAAGAAAUAAUUGUACUGUACUUUAUACAAUGUUUAUAACUAGUGUAAUAUUAUUAAUAUUAAAUUUACAUUAUCUUCUAUUUACUGGAAGUACACUAUCAUUAAAUGGAAAUACACCUUUUGUAGCAUGUAUAUUUUAUAAACGAAGUGAAGAUUAUAUACAAAGAUUUUUUGCAUCAACAAGUACAUGGCAAGAACUUGUUACAAUUAUUAUUGUUCCAUGUAUAUUAACAUUAAUAUUAAAUAUAUUUAUAAUAAAAAAAUCCUUUCUGAAACCAGUAAGUAAUGAACAUCUUAGAUCACGUUCAAAAAGUCGUACAAGACGUGUAACAACAAUGUUACUUGCAUCAAAUAUUGGAUUUUUAGCAUUAGUUGCACCUGCUCAAAUCUUUUAUGCUUUAUCAUUUGAUCCUCAACUUGGUAUGGAAUCAUCAGAUAAAUAUAAAUCGUUCAUGAUACAAGGAAAUAUUUAUCAAUGUUUAAUCAAUACAUAUUAUGCGGCAUCAUUUGUUUUCUGUUUUGCAUCAUCAUCUAUAUUUCGACGUGAAAUAAAAAAACUUUUACAUAAACGAUAUAAAUCUAAAUAUUCAGUGAAUCAUACAAUACAUAAUGAACAUGGUUCAUCACCUGAACAUCGUCCAUUUAUUCAUUCAACACAAAUAAAUGGAUUUAUUUGUUCAAGUAAUAGUCGAUCUCAUGACUAUCCACUUGAAAGUGUAACUUUGAAACGAGGAACUCUAUCAACAUCUGAAUGUGAUGGAUAUAUUGAACAGUAA